GAGGGAUGCAGUUUCAUACAACUCGGUCAUCAGCUGCUGUGCCAAAGGGGCACAAUGGCAUUUGGCUGCUGUUCUUUUCGGUGAGAUGGACGCGCAGCAAGUCAAGAGGGACACAAUUUCCUUCAGCGUCGCUGCUGCAAUGUUCCCUCAUCAGUGCAGCAGAGCGAGGGCAACACUGGGCGGCAGCGCUCGCAGUGAUUCGAGCGAUGUUUCGCAGCAAGGUGGCCGAGGACAUCAUCGUGCACAACGCAGCCAUGAGCGCGUGUGAGAAAUGCGGCCGCUGGGAGCAGGCGCUUGCUCUUCUGGCUGCGCUCCCCUGCCGGACACUGGCCCCGGAUUCCGUCAGCUUCGGCACAGCUUCAGCCGCAGCAGCCAGGGCUCAGCAGUGGGAGAUCUCCAUCGGCCUUCUCCACUGGGCGGAGGAACUGCACUUUGGAGCUGACCCCUAUGUGCGGUCUACGGCAAUCGCUGCUUGCGGCCAAGCUCAGUGGCCGCGCGGGCUGGAGAUCUUCGCCAAUGGGCCUACAAGCCGCACAGCGUUCAACGCUAUCCUGGAUGCAACGCAGACGAUGGAGAUUCGUGGGCCGUUGUUUGAGUUGGCGUUGCAACGCAGUGCCUACCCAGGCCUUCUGAAGGAUGGCAAAGGGACCUUAGACCUCCACGAGCUCUCGGUGGGAGCAGCGUCUGCUGCUGUGACAUGGUGGUUGCAGCACGUGGCUCCCAAAAUCUGCGCAACUCGUGAUGUGGAUCGUUUG